UUCACCUGGAACCGACAAUUAUCACAUAAUCUGCAUAUCGUCUCUCAACAUUCAAAUCGAAAAAUUCAAAAUGAAUUUUCAAAUCGAAAACUAGAGUUUUCAGUUUCAUUAAUCGAAAACCGCCUGAAACUGGUCGAAACCACCUGUAACUGAAAAAACUAGGGUUUAAAAUCAGAGAAAACCGUUUCAUUAAUCAAAAUGGUGAACAAGAGAACGAUUAAACGAACAAUCAAAGAAGUAACUGAAGAACUAAGUACACCUUCGCCAACAACAAAGAGGAAGACGAAAAAUGUUGGUCCUUCACCAACAUCAAAGAAGCCGACAGUUGCUAUUACUCCUCCACGAACAACAAAGGGGAAUAAAGGAAAAAAACCUAAAAAUAAAAGGUAGUAUGAAGAAUGACAAAAAGAAAACAAAAACACCCGCCAAAAGGAAAUUGUACAGACCAGGUUUAAAAGGAAAUUAGGGUUGCGAAACUGGGAUUGAGUGAUGAACAGUUGCAAAUGAUAAGCGAGGCGUCAUAAGGUCAUUUAUUCUUAAUGUUUUGGUACACGGACUUCAAUGAAAAACAUUGGAAGAAGAUUGAAGUAGCAAUCACUAAAAUGUUGCGAUGUUUUAAGAGAAGCUCAGUGCCAAACGUGCUGACAUUUGAGUUUGUAAGGCAUGGAACAAAAUAUGUCCUGGCAUCAACAACAAAAGAAAUAAGAGUUAUUUUUGGAAUGCCAAGAACGCCGAGAAGGGAGUAUGAAGAUGUUAGGAUGAUGUCAAAGGGUGGAUGGUGUCAAUCCAAAUUCUUUAAAAGGAACUUUCCUUUUGUUGUGAAGAAGGCUGAAAAGUUCACGAUACCAAUGAUUCAAAAAGCCACAUUGAACCUUCUUACAAGAACUCAAGUUGAUGUGAAAAACAAGGAGGUUGCUCAAGAAAAACAAGCAAGUGAAAAUGAGGAAGGGACUGAAAGCGAAGAUGAUGAAGCUAAGUGAAGAAGAUCAAGAAAGUGAAGAAGAAGAAGAUGAAAGUGAAGAUGAUAAAGAUCUUGUUAGGCUUAUCUGCCUCUUUAUGUGCAUUACACUUUUUUUCACUACAAAAAGAAGCAUUCAGCUUGACUGAACAAUACAUUGAUUAUGUUGCGAGGCUGCAAAGAAUGUGUCCUGGCCAGAUCUUAUUCAUUCCCACUUAGAGAUAGAACUGGAUAACAAUUAUGAGAAUGUAGAACACACUACUGGUUGUGUUACCUAUUUUCCGGUGAGAUUCUUCACUUGCAUAAGAUAGUCAUUUUCGUAGUUUGUUGUACAGUAAAUUCAUAAUGUAACAUUCCAUAUUGGUCAGUACAUAUUAAUAUAUAUUGUUCUGUUGUGUUUCCCUACAACUUUGAGAGCAUACCCAUUUGGUAAGACCAGUUGACGUAGUGACGAAACCUCCAGGAAUGUAUGUACCGAGAGCUGCUAAAUGGAAUUUGUCAGAGCUAUGUCCUGAAUUCCUAAAGGAUAUCGACACUAGUGAAUACGAGUUCAGUGAAUAUUUCAUUACCGGGUACACCAAUCAAGAACGACAAAUUCUGAAUCGAAUUUCAAGAAGGCUUAAUGAGGAAGGUAAUGUUGCUAAAAUGGUAAAAGAGAAACAAGGUGCCAAUGAAACUCCAACUGAAGAAAAGGAAGAAGAGCCUGCAGACAAACAUGAUUGGUAAGCAAAAUAUGAUGAUUUGAGGAAGGUAAUAUGUGAUAAAUGGGCCGAGUUGAAUAUUAUGCAUCAAAACAGUAGAUCGCUCGAUGCUUCAAUGCUUCUGCAAAUGUUGACAGACAUACACCUUAAAGUUUCACCUUCACAGACGGAAGAUGAUAUAUAUAGUCCCGUUAGUUUGGGUACUGACCCAACAAAUGAAAAUGUCACAUUGCCGACUAAAGCUGAUUUAGAGCAGGAGGUUGAAAAGCUGGGAGAGGGAAAUAGCAAGAACAACACACAAUGCAUAUUGAUAUCAAAUCAAACAACCCCUUUUGCUGACGCCAACGAAACUGUUGAAGCUCAUAAGAGGGGUGUAUGGCAUGGUGAUGAAGAUUAUAUGAUCCGAAGUUGGGAUAAAAUCAAUUUGGAGCAGGAGGGUGAAAAGUUGGAAGAGGAAAAUAACAAGAACAACACACAAGUUGAUUUACUUGAACUCCAACAAGGAGCAGCGUCAAAGUUGAUUGAAAGUAUAGGAAAAACAAUCGAUUCUAUUAAAGAUAUGCAGCAGAAACCUGAUGGUCAUGGCGUUAAAGCUCUGGCAGAGAGAAUGGUAACUACAAAAUUACCUUUGAUUUCAGACUUGCUGCAGGUGGAGGAAGUUGAAAGAUUCUCAAUGGAACAAUUUUUAGACCUUGCAAUGAGCAGCAAGGAACUUUAUGUUGAAUAAUAUAUAAAGUUCUCCCAAGAGCAUGGUAGUGUUUCAAGCCCUACUCUAUUUGGGAUCGACAUUCGCCAUAUGUUUUAUAAUUUAUAUGAAAAUUAUUUGCAACGUGUAGAAGAGCAGCAAGUUACAGAUGAUCAUGCAGUUGAAGUUACAAAUGAUCCAAAGGAUAACAUGGAGCGGGAUGCAGAAAAUUUGGGUAUCGAGUUACAGCUGAAUGAUGACAUAGUGCACGAUAUUCAGAUGCAAGAUGCUGACAAAUUGGAUGAUAAUCAAGAUGCCCUAAGUCAAACGUCAAGCGACGUGCCACUGGCCACCAGGCUUCAAAAGAUGCUUACUGCAAAUUGCGAAAAGGUUGCUGCCAAGAAGGUUGCUACCAAGAGACCUCCCGAAAAGAAACCUGCAAAAACACCUUUCGGACCAAUAACUCGUUCUAAUCCUCAAAAAAGGGUGGAUCCCAAUUUCGAAAGUGGAAGUAAGUUCCCCGGUUCGUUCAAAGAAAAGGCGAAGUCGAAAGCUGUUCAACAAGAAACCACACUGCCAAUGAAUAAAAGGAAAAAACCAGAGCCAUUUUUGGCAGAUGCAAAGAAAACUAAGUUGGCGAAGUCGAAAGCUGUUCAACAAGAAACCACACUGCCAAUGAAUAAAAGGAAAAAACCAGAACCACUUUUGGCAGAUGCAAAGAAAACUAAGUUGGCGCUCAAAAAUCGUAAGAAAAUCUCCACUAUAUAAGCGGAUAACGGCAAAACAAAAAUGAAUCCUUCUUCCAUACUAUGAGCAUGCAAGUCGGUUGUAAGUACUUUCGACAUUUCUUUUUACGUUCCAUAUCAAGUCUGUAGUACAUAUAUGUUGUUUGUAACUAUAAAUUAUCGUAAAAAAAUGUGCCAGCUCAAUUGCUUGGCAAGUAGAAGAUUUGGUGUUCAACAGAAAGUUGAAGCAAGACCUCCUAAACUACGCCAAGUAUGUUGAUAUGUACUACUUUUGACGGUACAUAUUCAUGUGGGUUGAAGAAUGUUACUUUGUGAUCAGUUUUUUUAUAUAUAAAAAAAAGGUAUUGGAGAUAAAA